CUAAAAUAUUUAUUAAUGUUUCUAGACUUAGUAUUUAAUUUUUGUUGUUCUAAACGGCAGAAGGAUGAUAAAGAUACAAGAUCUUAAAAUAGUAAUAAAAGUUAAGAGGGAUAAAUAAUUGAGUAGAAAAGAAUGGAGAUAGAGUUUGUGAAAGGAGGUGUUAAUUAAUAAUAAAGUAGGAAAAUAUUGAGUUUUAUAAGAAUCUUAAGGAUAAUCAUCAAUAGUAUCACCAACUGACAAUUAUUUUGAAUUGAAUGAUGAUAAGAAAUAAAAAAAGAGUAGUUUUGAGGAUGAUAAUAUAGAAGAGAAUCAAUUUAAUGUUUUAGGUGAACAAAACAUGAGAUUGAAUGUUAGAAAUGAAAAGGAUAAUAAUGUAAAAAAACGGUAUAUAGUAAAAAAUAAUAAAAAAUAGUUGUAAAUCUUAAGAGAAAUAAGAGAAAGUGUUAAAAAAGAAAAUAAGUAAAACAAAAGAAGGAGAUAAGAGAGUAGUAAAAAUAUGGUAACCAGAAGAAGAUUAGAGAUUGAGAAAACUUUAUUAAGAACAUUAAGGAAAUUGGAGCAAAAUAAUAUAAUAUAUGCCAGAUCGUAAUAUAUCAUAAUGUUCUUAAAGAUGGAGAAGAAUUAAUCCAAUAUAAGUAAAUUAUUAAUUAUAUUUUAGACUAAAUAAAAAUGGAAUUAAGAAGAAGAUACAAAAUUAAUAUCUAUGGUGUAACUUGAAGGCAAAAAUUGGACUAAAUUAGCGAGACAUUUUCCAGGAAGAACAGGAAAAUAAAUAAGAGAGAGAUAUCUAAAUAAAUUAGAUCCUAAUCUUAAUUUUGUUGCAUGGACAGAAUAAGAAGAUUAGGAAAUAGUCAAAUAUUAUAAUUAAUAUGGAGCAAAAUGGAGUUUAGUUGCCAAUCAUCUUAAAGGUAGAUCGGUAUAAUUUCUAUUUUUAUCUAGGAAAAUAUGGUUAAAAAUAGAUUCUAUUCUCAUAUUCAAAAACAUCUAUUAGGUAGAAUAAAUAAAUAUUAAAUUGUGUAUAAACAAGCUAAUCAAUUAUAACACAAUUUAUAACCUAAUCUAAAUAUAGAUGUUGAAUAUUCAGACACUUCUAAUAGCGAUAUCAAACUAGUUCAAUCUGAAAAUUAUUCAGUAUUCUUUAAAUCAAAUAUUUUUAGUCUUCUAUUGGAUCUAGCACAUUUACUUUUUCUUAUUAUGACAAUGAUGAUUUUAGUAAUAAUCAAGAUGAUUUAAUUUAUGAUCAUUAAUUUGAUCAUGAUUUCGAUGAAAAGGUAAGACUUUAUUGA